AUGGCUGUCUCCCUGGUGCUUCCGUUCACCAUCCUCAUGGCUGUCUCCCUGGUGCUUCCGUUCACCAUCCUCCUCGCUGGCGUUCUCCUCCUCUCUGGACCUGCAUUGGCUGAUCCCGCCGAGGAGCUGGGCGAGGUGGUCCUAACGCUGGACGCCGGUAACUUCUCGGAGGUGGUGGCCAAGCACCAGUUCAUCGUCGUCGAGUUUUACGCGCCAUGGUGUGGCCACUGCAAGCAACUCGCUCCAGAGUACGAGAAGGCAGCCGCCAUUCUGAGGAAUCACGACCCGCCAUUGGUGCUCGCCAAAGUGGACGCUUACGACGAGAGGAACAAGGAGAUCAAGGACAAGUACCAGGUGCAUGCGUACCCCACCAUCAAGAUCAUAGAGAAUGGAGGGAAGGACGUGCGUGGCUAUGGUGGUCCGAGGGACGCCGACGGCAUCGUGGAGUACCUCAAGAAGCAGGUCGGCCCAGCUUCCAUCGAGCUCAGUUCGGCGGAGGCUGCUCAGUCGUCCAUCGGUGACAAGGGGGUGGUUCUUGUUGGAGUUUUCCCUGAGUUUGCCGACGCAAGUAUUCUGCCACGUGGUGAUCAGGCCAUCAAGGGCCCUGUUGUUCGUCUCUUCAAACCAUUCGACGAGCUCUUUGCUGAUUCACUGGAUUUUGAUACGGAUGCUCUUGAAAAAUUCAUUGAGGUGUCUGGUUUCCCUUCAGUAGUUACCUUCGAUGCUGAUCCAACCAACCAUAAGUUUCUUGAGAGAUACUACAGCACUCCUAGUGCCAAAAUGCCUAACAAGCUCUCAUGCAAAUGGUUUCAGUACUUUGGGCUUAAAGAGAACGAUGUGCCCCUCCUUUUUGUGAUUGCACAGGGUGGGAAAUAUCUCAAUCCAACUAUCGACCCUGAUCAAUAUGGAAACUUGACACCUUAUGUUAAGUCAGAGCCAAUCCCAAAGGUGAAUGACCAACCUGUUAAGGUCGUUGUGGCUGACAGUAUCGAUGACAUUGUUUUCAACUCUGGCAAAAAUGUACUGCUCGAGUUCUAUGCACCUUGGUGUGGCCAUUGCCGGAAGCUAGCCCCAAUCUUGGAGGAAGUUGCAGUAGCAUUACAAGACGACGAAGAAGUCAUCAUUGCAAAGAUGGAUGGCACUGCAAACGAUAUCCCUACCGACUUGGCGGUGGAGGGAUAUCCCACGAUCUACUUCUACUCGACAACCGGUGACCUUUAUAACUACAAUGGCAGAAGAACGGCCGAGGACAUCAUCAGUUUCAUCACGAAGAACAAGGGGCCCAGAGCUGGUGCCGUGGACGAAGUGACGCAGACGGGUGCUGGUGCUGUGGAAGAUGGCAUUACACCUUCAUCGCCGUUAGAGCUUCCGAAAGACGAACUCUGA